AUGGCUGGGGGGCAGUCCAUGAAUUACAGUAAGCUUUUCAGUCGAUUAAUAAACAAAAAUGGUCAGAUGGACGACACCAUUGCAUCCUUUCUAUACUAUAUGUUCCCAAAGGAGAUGUUUGUACGGGCUUUGUCACUCAUCGAGUCUAGUAACAUGUUUAUAUAUGCAUUCGAUAUCCAGGAAGUGAAUUCCAGGGCAAUGGAGCCCUCCGAUUCUGCAAGUACAAAUCCUGACGAAUCUGUUCGACAGAAUAGUUCGGAAUCAACGUCUUUUGUUCCGGCAAACAAGCCCAGUUCACCACAUUCAGCUACAACGCACGUACUGGUAGCCCCUAUAUAUGAGAACGACUCUGAGCUUCUAUAUCGUCUGAUUGUGAAGGCUGAUAGUGACACAGAUCCCUCAGUUUACGUCGAUUUGACCAAUUGGUUUUGCUCAUGUGAAGAAUUCGCGAAUGGCUUCCUAGAGCAUGGCCUCAACGGCACUUCUAAGGAAGAUGACAUUGCACAGAGGCUAACAAGAGAAGUUACUGAGUUGCAAGACUUCUCAGAUGAUCGGUUCGCUCAAUUGGACGCACAUAGCCUCUCAAAGCAGCGCUACUUCCAUCAUGAUAAAGUUAUGUGCCCCCAUCUUCUGGCAUUUUCGAUACUUCUAAGAUCGUCACCGUCAGUGCUCCAGUAUUUUGCAGUAAACAAGGGCCAAGUUCUACUGAUACCGAUAACCAAUAUGGAUGAAUGGUUGAAGCUACACAUUAACAUUGUGGCUUGA